AUGGCCCUGGACGGCGAGCGGGGGGAGCGAGAGGAGGAGAAGAAAAAGAAGAAGAAGAAAAAGAAGAGGAAGAAGAAGAAGGAGGAGGAGGAGGGGGCCGAGAAGAGCUGCUCACCCUUCGCGGCCACGAUGGGGGAAGACGACGCCGCGCUCCGGGCCGGCGGCAGGGGGCUCUCAGACCCGUGGGCAGACUCGGUGGGCGUGCGACCCCGCACCACGGAGCGCCACAUCGCGGUGCACAAGCGGCUCGUGCUCGCCUUCGCCGUGUCCAUCGUGGCGCUGCUCGCGGUCACCAUGCUCGCCGUCCUGCUCAGCCUGCGCUUCGAUGAGUGCGGAGCGAGCGCGGAGCCCGGCGCCGACGGUGGCCCCGCGGGCUUCCCCGCGCGCGGUAGCAACGCUAGCCUCCCGGGAGCGGCCGGGCGCAGCCACCACGCGGGCGUGGACUCCUCGCAGCCCGACGCGGGCGGAGUGGCCAGCCCGGGGACCCCGUCCGCCCAGCCGCCGUCGGAGGAGGAGCAGGAGCAGGGGCAGCCCUGGACGCAGCUGCGCUUGUCGGGCCACCUCAAGCCGCUGCACUACAAUCUGAUGCUCACCGCCUUCAUGGAGAACUUCACCUUCUCCGGGGAGGUCAACGUGGAGAUCGCGUGCCGGAACGCCACCCGCUACGUCGUGCUGCACGCUUCCCGGGUGGCAGUGGAGAAGGUGCAGGUGGCCGAGGACCGGGCGGCCGGGGCUGUGCCGGUGGCCGGCUUUUUCCUCUACCCGCAAACCCAGGUCCUGGUGGUGGUGCUGAACAGGACCCUGGACGCGCAGAGGAAUUACAACCUGAAGAUUAUCUACAACGCCCUGAUCGAGAACGAGCUCCUGGGCUUCUUCCGCAGCUCCUACGUGCUCCACGGCGAGAGAAGAUUCCUUGGUAUUACUCAAUUUUCACCUACACAUGCCAGAAAGGCAUUUCCUUGUUUUGAUGAGCCAAUCUACAAGGCUACUUUCAAAAUCAGCAUCAAGCAUCAAGCAACCUAUUUAUCUUUAUCCAAUAUGCCAGUGGAAACUUCUGUGUUUGAGGAAGAUGGAUGGGUUACGGAUCACUUUUCACAGACCCCUCUCAUGUCCACGUAUUAUUUAGCCUGGGCAAUUUGCAACUUCACAUACCGAGAAACUACCACCAAGAGUGGGGUUGUAGUACGAUUAUAUGCAAGACCCGAUGCUAUCAGAAGAGGAUCCGGGGACUAUGCUCUCCAUAUAACAAAGAGAUUAAUAGAAUUUUAUGAAGACUACUUUAAAGUGCCCUAUUCCUUGCCAAAACUAGAUCUUUUAGCUGUGCCUAAGCAUCCGUAUGCUGCUAUGGAGAAUUGGGGACUAAGUAUUUUUGUGGAACAAAGAAUACUGCUGGAUCCCAGUGUUUCAUCUAUUUCUUAUUUGCUGGAUGUCACCAUGGUCAUUGUUCAUGAGAUAUGUCACCAGUGGUUUGGUGACCUUGUGACUCCUGUGUGGUGGGAAGACGUGUGGCUGAAGGAAGGUUUUGCUCACUACUUUGAAUUUGUUGGUACAGACUACCUCUAUCCUGGCUGGAACAUGGAAAAACAGAGAUUUCUGACGGAUGUUCUGCAUGAAGUGAUGCUGCUUGACGGUUUGGCCAGUUCCCAUCCAGUAUCACAGGAAGUGCUACAGGCAACAGAUAUUGACAGGGUGUUUGACUGGAUCGCAUAUAAAAAGGGUGCUGCUUUAAUUAGAAUGCUGGCUAAUUUUAUGGGUCAUUCAAUUUUUCAGAGGGGUUUGCAAGAUUAUUUAACCAUUCAUAAGUAUGGCAAUGCAGCCAGAAAUGAUCUAUGGAAUACAUUAUCAGAGGCUUUAAAAAGGAAUGGAAAAUAUGUAAAUAUACAAGAAGUAAUGGAUCAGUGGACACUCCAGAUGGGUUAUCCUGUUAUCACCAUCUUGGGAAAUACAACAGCAGAAAAUAGAAUAAUAAUUACCCAACAACAUUUUGUUUAUGACAUCGGUGCUAAAACUAAAGCACUUGAACUUCAAAAUAACAGUUACCUGUGGCAGAUUCCAUUAACUAUUGUGGUAGGAAAUAGAAGCCAUGUGUCUUCAGAAGCAAUUAUUUGGGUGUCUAACAAAUCAGAGCACCACAGAAUAACUUAUUUGGAUAAAGGAAGCUGGAUACUGGGAAACAUCAAUCAAACUGGCUACUUUAGAGUCAACUAUGACCUAAGGAACUGGAGAUUAUUAAUUGAUCAAUUAAUCAGGAACCAUGAGGUUCUUUCUGUCAGUAACCGAGCGGGUUUAAUCGACGAUGCCUUCAGCCUAGCCAGGGCUGGCUAUUUGCCUCAGAAUAUUCCCCUGGAGAUUAUCAGAUACCUGUCUGAAGAAAAGGAUUUUCUUCCUUGGCAUGCUGCCAGCCGAGCUCUUUAUCCUCUAGAUAAAUUACUGGACCGCAUGGAGAACUACAAUGUCUUCAAUGAAUAUAUUUUAAAGCAAGUUGCAACAACGUACAUCAAACUUGGAUGGCCAAAAAAUAAUUUUAAUGGAUCUCUUGUUCAAGCGUCCUACCAACACGAAGAACUACGUAGAGAAGUUAUAAUGCUGGCAUGCAGUUUUGGCAACAAGCACUGUCACCAACAGGCAUCGACACUCAUUUCAGAUUGGAUUUCCAGCAACAGGAAUAGAAUACCACUAAAUGUUAGAGACAUCGUCUACUGUACAGGAGUGUCACUACUUGAUGAGGAUGUCUGGGAAUUCAUAUGGAUGAAAUUCCAUUCCACCACAGCAGUUUCUGAGAAGAAAAUACUACUGGAAGCAUUAACUUGCAGUGAUGACAGGAAUUUAUUAAAUAGGUAGGUCAAUUAA